AUGGAUCAAAAUAAGAAGGGAGACCGGGCGCCACAACAUGCGACUGGCAGACCGAAAGCCAGUAAAUCGAAGGCAAGAUACAAUCCGUUCAGAGAUUCAAAUCACUUGCUAUCGAAUUCCCUGCAAUCCUCCAAUGCGCAUCCUCAGGACCCUCAAGCAAGUGUUGCAUCCUCUUCGCGCACAUCCAACAGCAGAUCGAUAAUCAUGGCUCGGGGAGCGUUUUCUAAAGGAUUGAAUGUAUUCAAGGAAAAGGAGUUGACGCAAGGUAACCAGAGCUUGUCAAAUGCAGACCUAUCUGAGUACCUCAUUCCAUCUAAGGAUAAAGAUGGACGAGGAAGUCUUGAGCAGAAUUGGCAAAUGGCUAAGAAUUCGCCUUCCUUGACUCGUAGCCAAGAUACCGCUGCGUUUGCACCACGCUUAUAUGGGAUCACCCGAAAUCAAUUACCAGACAGUCAUUCACGUGGCUUAAGCGCAUGUACCAAUGAUAUAGAUUCAUUUAGCAUGGAAAGCAUUUAUGACGAUGGGCUCCAUACUGCAAAAGAGAAUCGACCUUCUGCUACCCAGGGAUCAUAUGAUCAUAAUCAGAACCCGACUUUGACUGCCAAAGGUUUUGGUGAUAAUGCUAUCCCAGUAUUCGAGGGAUCGAGUACUUCGCCCUUUACAAAUACAAUACCCUACAGUGGCAAAGCUAUUCCAGAGAACUUGGAUCAACUAGGUGCUCUCACUAGUCCCAAAGACACGAGUUCGAAAAAGGGUAAAGAUAAGAAGUCUAAGAGAAGUAAAUUUUCUCCAAACUCCACUGCGGUUUCUGCGGUCUCUGAGGAUGAACUUUACUCGGGUUUAAGCGAUAUGCAUAUGGGACUUUUCCUUUCUACUUAUAAUGGAAAACGAGCCACCCCCUCUCCUCCUAAAGUCGCUAAACCAACUAGUUUCCCGACUGAGCUACCACCACGACCAACCCCGCGACCCCCCCCUUCCGAUCAGAUUGGAGCAGCUCAGUUUGGGUUACUAUCUACAGCAGUUUGUGUUGGGGUGGUAAUUACGAUAAAGAACACAAACGACAAACCAGGCCCUUUCAACAUCAGCGUCCCAGUCAUCUGGUGGCUUGUUCUUAGUGUCCUUCUUCUAUGCGUCGGAGCUUCAACAUUCGUAGUUAUGCUGAUACGUGGAGUUGCUCAUAAUCCUCAGGUCAGUUUAAGACGACCCAACGGAAGUCAAGAUAUUGCAAACAGCAACCUUAGAAUUCGUGGCGAUCUGGAGAGUGGAACUGCUGGCCCACAAUCUUUUGAAAUGGUCCCAAUUGCUCAUACCCCUCGACAAGAGGCAUUCCCCUCCUUCGCCACACCUCAGACUGUUCAAAACUCAUAUACUGAGGUUAUGAGACCCAAUGCAGACAUGUUCCGGCAAGCUCAAAACGACCAUGGCUUUGAGCAGGUUCCGGUUUAUGGAGCUAGCUGUGGUCCAGACUACCAGUCUCCCAUGAUGAUCAAUGCACACGCUGAUAAUUACAACUACACUCCGGCGGUUGCGGGAUCACCUCUAACUCCCUUGCCACAGGCUAUACUGAGCCCGGGCUUCUCUCGACAAGCCGAUUACUUCUCCGCAAUCCACCAUACUCCCAGCAAGCCAGGUGGACCUCUCCCUGUCAAUGUAUCUACGCCAGAUGCUCCUUUCACCCCGAUUGAAAUGCCAGCACAGAUAUCAGUCAGAAGUAGGGAUAGUCUAGUAUCAGCUGAAACCCAUCGAGAUCUGGCAAUGAGAAUCCUCAUGGGAGAAAGUCCAGCUCUAGAAACCUCGCUUGACAUCACCGACAUCUGGAACGGAUAUCAAAGCACGAUUGAUCCCGCACUACUACCACAAACUCCCGUGUAUUCGUACAUGCCAUCUCCAAACCCUUUACGUCCAACACAUAAUAACUUAAAAUAUCAAGCCGCCGGUACAGUCGUACCUAUGAGCACUAUUCCAUCAAAUGUUAGCUCAAGAAUUGACUUGGACAUGGCAAUUCAACCCACCCUCAAGCGUGUCGAAACCGAAGGUCCUUUGGAGAAGUUGGAAAAGAGUCUCAGUCACCAGAGUGCGCAGAUUGCAUUGGGACAGCAGCUUCCGCCACCACCUGAUCUCAGUGACAGACCCCGCAAAGUCUGCCAUAAACGCAUCGUCGACGGCAAGCUCAAGCAGUAUGGAUCACGAGAUGAGAAUCCCGAAGUUGAUUUUGCUACCGCUAGCAGUAGUGGCAGCAGUGAGCAGCGGCAACGACCGGAAGCAAUUGGCUAUGGAGACGUAGCACAAGCUAAUAUCGGCGGUCUGGCUUCCAGAAUGAAUACCGAGGAAGGUUCAGCAAUGAAUAGUAUCGAUGUAGCCAAUUCUACCAUCCCAUCAAGAAAUCCCUAUCGUGAUAGCAUGAAUGAUGGCGACAACAAUCAGCGCAACACGGAAACACUACCUGCUACAUACUACACUGGUGGUGGCAAGGGUAAAGGUCGUGCCUUUGAUUAA